AUGGCUGGCAAAGGUGAUGAAGUGAAGCUUGGAGGCAUCCCUAUGAAAUACAUAGCUCUUGCAUUGCUGACAGUUCAAAACAGUGCCCUUAUUCUGACCUUAAAUUACUCUCGUAUUAUGCCUGGUUAUGCUGAUAAACGGUAUUUUACCUCUACCGCUGUUUUGUUAAAUGAGAUGAUCAAAUUGACUGUCUGUUUUGUCAUCGGAUACUAUCAGUUUCGAAGAAAUGUUGGCAGUGAGGCUCGCUUGAGAACCUUCUUGUCUCAAAUUUUUGGUGGAGACAGUUGGAAAUUGGGGAUUCCUGCUUUCCUCUAUACAUGCCAAAACAACUUGCAAUACGUGGCCGCUGGUAAUCUUUCGGUCGCUAUUUUCCAAGUAACCUAUCAGUUGAAGAUUCUUACCACGGCGAUUUUUUCUGUCGCCUUGCUCCAUCGCAAGCUUGGUCUUACAAAGUGGCUCUCUCUUUUCAUUUUGACCGGUGGCAUUGCGAUCGUGCAAUUGCAAAACUUGGCUUCUGACAGCAAAUCACCCGUUGAUUCUUCUAUGAAUCCAUUGACCGGAUUUACUGCCGUUCUUAUUGCUUGCUUAAUUAGUGGCUUAGCCGGCGUUUACUUUGAAAAGGUUUUAAAGGGUACAAAUCCCUCUUUAUGGGUCCGUAAUGUUCAACUUUCCUUCUUUUCCAUUGUGCCCUGUAUAUUCACAAUUGCCGUUAGCGACUACUCCAAUAUUGUUCAAAAGGGAUUUUUCUAUGGCUACAACCCUGUCGUUUGGUUAGCUAUCUUGCUUCAAGCGUUCGGUGGUAUCAUUGUAGCACUCUGUGUUGCUUUUGCCGAUAAUAUUAUGAAGAACUUUUCGACUAGUAUCAGUAUCAUUUUGUCUUCUUUGGUCAGUGUUUAUUUGUUGGAUUUCAAGAUCACGUUUGCUUUUGUCGUCGGUGUAGGCCUUGUCAUUGCCGCUACGUUCCUGUACACAAAGCCUGAGCAAAAACCCGCCGAUCAAGGCAAUUAUAUUCCAUUAACUACACAAGAGGCUGUCUCCAGUGACGCUGCCGAGUCUAACGCAUAUAAAACUUAG